CUCUCUCCUCCUCCAUCCUCUCUGACAUUCUCUGUCACUUCCUUUCGUUGCGGGGUCUCGUCUUUACGCACGCUGUUUGCUGAUCUUCGCCACUGACACGGAGAUUCGAGAUCUUCAUCCGUCUUCAGGCUCGCGUGGGAUUCGAUGCCUGGUCAUGAACGUGCGACGCGCCAGUGGUGAGGGAGACAAGGUCAGCCUCUCGCCACCAUCUCACAGUCGAGAAGAUGCCAAUGUAGCAUAUCCAGCCAAGUCGGGACACCAGCAGGCUACAACUCGCGGACCUGAAUCGUUCCUCUCGGCACCUCCAGCUGGUCCCGUUCGUCCUCUCUCACCAGAUGCGCUAUCCAUACUAUCAACAGAGGAUUUCGAACAGAUCCGACUGAUUAGAAGGCCGAGCAGAACGAGCCAGGCUGAUCAUGGACUUCCCAAAGACCAGAGCCUGCGUGCCAGAUUCAGAGCAUCGUGGUUUCGGAACAAGGGCAUCUUCCUCAUGGUACUCGCUCAGUUCUUUGGCGUCUUGAUGAAUGUAACCACUCGGAUUUUGGAAGUUGAGGGCAACCACGGAAAUGGCCUGCACCCCUUCCAGAUCUUGUUUGCUCGGAUGGGCAUCACAGCGCUACUUGCCAUGGCGUACAUGCAUUGUGCCAAGACGCCUCACUUUCCCUUCGGAGCGCCCGAGGUUCGCUGGCUGCUUGUUGCCAGAGGAUUCUUCGGCUUCUUUGGCGUCUUCGGGAUGUACUACUCGCUUCUCUAUCUGCCGCUGGCCGAUGCGGUCGUGAUCACUUUUCUUGCUCCUGGACUCUCCUGCUGGGUGUGCUCUAAGCUGAUCAACGAACCCUUCACCAGAGCUGAGAUGAUUGGAACGUUCGUAUCUUUAGUCGGUGUGUUGUUCAUCGCUCAUCCAGCUUCCCUCUUCAACGCCAUUCGCAAUGCAGCGGAUGAGCCACCUGCGGGCAGUCCUGGCGAUGCAUCGCCGUCUCAGCCAGAUGCUGGCGAUUACGAUAAUGUCACGCCAAUUCAACGUCUGGCUGGUGUAGGUGUUGCACUUGUGGGGGUCUGCGGAGCCACGGGCGCCUUCACCACAAUCAGAUGGAUCGGGAAGAGAGCUCAUCCGCUUAUCAGCGUCAACUAUUUCGCUGUGUGGUGUACGUUAAUUAGCAUCGUCAUGCAGCUUGCGUUGCCCAGCAUUGGCUUUCUGCUGCCUUCCGGAAUGAAGGAGUGGGGACUUCUGUUCUUCCUUGGAGUGUGUGGGUUUGUCAUGCAAUUCUUGCUUGCCGCUGCGUUGUCCUACGAGAAGUCUUCACGGGUCACAAACAUGACCUAUACGCAAAUGCUCUUUGCCAUCGCCUUCGAGAAGCUGGCCUUCGGCCACACACCUGGCAUCUUAUCCAUAAUUGGCUCGAGCUUGAUCCUGGGAUCCGCGAUCGUUGUUGCUUUCCAGAGAAACUCAAACGAUACCAAGGAGCAGACUGUAGGCAGUGGCGGGAGAAACGAUGAAGAAGCACAGAGGGGGCUGAUGACAGAUGUUGAGCCCAGCGGCGGCUUCGAACAGAUGUCGCUGCAAGAAGCCCAGGUAAGAACAUCGCGCUGAAUGAAUGGAACACAAUGACAAUUACAAGAAGCAUGAAACGCACGAUAGAGUAAACAUUAGCGGGCUGCUUUGGUGUUGCAAAUAGGUUGAAAGUGCCGUAGUGCCCAGAACGCAUUUUGACACCCAGCCCGGCCAGCGGGCCGUCUUCA